GCACUGCUGCCCUCUGCUUCUAGGCAGGAGCACUGUACUUUGGUGAAUCCGCCAGAGGGGGAGAAAAGGAAAGGCAGAGGAUUAAAGAUGGCGCCGCAUCAUGUACUGAAGUGCUGUCAGCGGAGUUUAGCUUGGAUACCUGUUAUUUUCAUCAACCUGGUCGUUGGCUGGUCUUAUUAUGCAUACGUCGUGGAACUCUGUAUCUUUACAAUCCCAAAUAAUGCAGAAAAAAUAUCAUACCUGGUUGUCUUCCACCUGUUCUUCAUCAUGUUUAUCUGGUCCUACUGGAAGACUAUCUGCAGCAGGCCUGCCAGCCCCUCUAAAGAGUUCUGUCUGGCCAAAGUGGAGAAGGAGCAGUAUGAGAAGGAGGAGCCAGACACUCAGCAGGACAUCCUGAAGAAAGUGGCCGUAGGAUUGCCUGUCUACACACGCACAGGGACAGGAGCUGUCCGGUACUGUGACCACUGUCAGGUGAUCAAACCCGACCGCUGCCACCACUGUUCCACCUGUGACAUGUGUGUACUGAAGAUGGAUCAUCACUGUCCAUGGGUGAAUAACUGUGUUGGAUUUUCGAACUACAAGUUCUUUGUCUUGUUUCUGGCCUACUCCAUGCUGUAUUGUGUGUUCAUCGCUGCUACCGUCCUGCAGUAUUUCAUCAAAUUCUGGACACAUUGCCGAAGGAGAUCUGUUGGGGAUUGUUCUCAGAAUCAGCUGCCUGACACUCACGCCAAAUUCCACGUGUUGUUUCUGUUUUUCGUGGCGGCCAUGUUCUUCAUCAGCAUCCUGUCGCUUUUCAGCUACCAUCUCUGGCUUGUGGGAAAGAACAGAACCACCAUAGAGGCUUUCAGGGCUCCUGUCUUCAGAAAUGGCCCAGACAAGAAUGGCUUCUCUCUGGGCUUCAGUAGGAACAUGGCGGAGGUGUUUGGAGACCAGAAGAAGUACUGGAUGUUUCCCAUCUACACCAGUCACGGGGAUGGACACAGUUUUGUCACCCGGUUGCUGACCUUAGAUCCUGAGCAGAUAGCUGUGGGCCUCCAGAUCAACGGCAAAAGCUCUGUAGAUGGUCUGACAAGCCCCAAGCAUGUCCUUGGCAACAACAUUAACCACAUUGAGGACCAUCAGGAUGACGUAGCCCAGACGGUCACUGUCACCAUGGAGAGUGAGUCAUAGACAGGUAAGCCUAUGGAUGAGUUCUGCUGAAAUGCGCGCGUUUCCUGCAGACCUUAGAGAGGAAACUGAUGACCACCAGGUGGCUCAAACGGCCAGUUUAGACAUCUGCCAAGAGACAACUGAGCCAUUAACUGUGAUGCCUUCCAACCAGCAGCAUCUUUGUCUCUACAGAAACCAGCCUUUUUAUCAUCACCUGCAGUACCCCUAAUACCAUGGACAAAUGUCAAGUAACAGCUCUCGUAUAGCCAUCAUCUUCUCUAUUGUUAUUCUUACGACCACCAAACAGCAUCCCUGUUACGACGGACAAAACCUGGACUGUCAUGGACACUACAUCUGUCACCAGAGCAUUCAUCAGCUUUCAGUUUCCAUCCUCACCAAACACAUGCAGACGCGUCGUCUUUGUUGCUAAGCAAAGACACACAACAAUCUUUAUUUGUAUUUUUUGUAACUAUUAUUAAUCUCUGGAACUGCUCUGUUAUUCAAGCCAAAAAAAGAAUGCUCUUUGCACUAGAUUAGAUAAGUGCAGAACCGUUAUACGCUUCUGUUAAAUCAGUAUUCACUUGCUUUAUUGG